UGCAAUAUUUUAUUUUAUUCAACUUUGCUUCUGGUACAUCAUUUGGGACAUUUUUCACACUCCCUUAAGUUGAUCUAUGCCAGAAUUCUUCACUUUCAAUUAUCCUAUACAAAAACUUUGUUAGAUAAAAAAAAAACUUGCAAACCUGACUCAGAAUACUAAAUAAUAUGGUUAUGUAAGCCAUGCAGACAAAAACAUCAUAAAAACAAAUAAUAAAAUAACAGCUGGAGGACAGUUAACUGGUCAUAUAAGAUGUAUGUUGGUUUGCCUUUUGUGUAGCCGUGUUAAUAAUGUCCAACCAUCUGUCAUAUGCAGAUCAUCUUCUACGAAGACAGGAACUUCCAGGGUCGUAACUAUGAGUGCAGUAAUGACUGUCCUGAGAUGCAAAGCUACUUCAGCCGCUGUAACUCGAUAAGAGUGGAGAGCGGUUGUUGGGUGGCCUACGAGAAGCCCAAUUAUGGUGGCUACCAGUACAUGCUGCACAAGGGCGAGUACCCCGACUACCAACGCUGGGCAGGCUUCAAUGACUGCAUCCGCUCCUGCCGUAUGGUACCACCUUAUACUGGGAACUACAGGAUGAAGAUCUUUGAACGGUCUGACUUUGGGGGCCAAAAUCUGGAGCUAAUGGAUGACUGCCCAGACCUGAAUGAGCGUUUCCACACCCGUGACAUCUCCUCUGUCAAUGUCAUGGAGGGCUACUGGAUCCUGCAUGAACACCCUAAUUACAGGGGACGCCAGUACUUCUUGCGUCCUGGAGAGUACAGGAGGUACAGCGAGUGGGGGAGCACCAGCCCUACCAUUGGCUCUCUGAGACGUAUCACUGAGGUCAACUGAUUCCCACUUUUCUGUGUUUACCCUUAUUGAGGCCAACUGUUGAGCUUUCCAUCCUCUUGUUCCCCUACUGCCAACAGUGUUUCAGUGUGGUCACGGCACUGUGGUGUCCAAACCUGAAAUUAUACAUUUUAAUCAUGGGGGUUUUGUUGCGUUUGAUGUUGGGUUCUGGUUUUUGUUUGGUUGCUCUGCAUUGUUGGGUAAAGUUCCUCCCAAACUCAGUGUGCAAGCAACGCUCACAGUAAAUUAUGAUGAUCUUUUUUGCUUUGGUCGUCCCAUAGCAAAAUGGUUUGCCUCACCAGUCCCCAACCUCCUGUCCUACUGGAAUUACAAUAAAUGAAAACUUGAUGAAAGUCAGUUAAAGUGAGCCUUUGUUAAUGUUCUAUUGACUACUACAGCUGUCACUAUCAAAAGAUCAGGGGGAUAGGGCUUGUCAUAAAUCUGAGGCAUAAUUUCCUUUUUAGCAUGGUGAUUGAACUUUAGUUUCAUCAGGCCACAGAGUUAGAUGUGGAUGUAACCACUAAGGUCCUCAUAAGACGAAGAGUUUCUACAGUUUGCCAUGAUAUUGUCAUUCCACAUACACAAAGAAAAAUUAUCAAGGAAACAGAAGCUUAUUCUUUGAAGUUCAAUACUAAAAGACAAAAAAAGGAUAUCUGAGGAUGGGCAUGUAGGAGUCUUUAUGAGAUCACAUGGUACACAGUAAGCGCUUUGGGUCCAUGAAAGAUGCCCAUAUUAGAUCCACAUCACAGGGCCAGUGCCAACUCAAAGAGUUGGAGUCAAAGUGGCCUGGUAUUAGCCUGGAGCAUCAAGCUCUCUCAGAGCAAAAAACAAAACCCCGUCCACAUCCCUGCUCAUGCAUUUUUCAUAAGCCCAAGAUACUCAACCCUUUCAGAAAUAAAUAUCAAUUAUUGAAAUUGUUAAUUAGACACUGCGUAAUUGGUGAAGAUACACAUGAAUAAAUAACUUUAACCAUUAAUUAUUGAUUCAAAAAAAUUUGAAGCCCAGCAGGGAGUGCAUUUGAGAAUCUCUUAAGAUCAAGAACAACAAGAAAUAUGAGUUUUGGCCUUGAGUAAUGUCCAAUUAAAGGACUGUCGGCUUUGCUGUACAAGUCCAGUGAUUUGCCCUCAUCGCUCUUCUUAUAUCUUUGGACAACAAUACCCAGCAGCCAACACGCCAUCAAUGAGUGCAACAUGGGAUCUGAUCAGCUGGGGUCUGGGAGCAAUGCCAGAUAAGAGAUGAGAGGAAAUUUACAGGCCUCAGCCAUAACUGGAAGUUAAUUUAAGGUCAUGAAGGGGCAGUGGCUUCAAAUAUUAAACAAAUUCAGCAAGUAAGCACUUUAGACUUAGACAGAACUGCAGAAAAAGAACAUGUGUUUUAAGUUUUUUGUGUGAAGUUUAAACUUCACACAAAAAGUAAAGGCAAACAACCUAAAGGCUGAAAACAUCUUUGCUUAAAUUUUCAGUACAGUCAUGUUGAAUAAUCUACUGACUUGGCCAACAUUUCUUCAUAUAUCAUCAUUGAAAUCUGCCCUAAGGUCUCAUAGUUGAGUGCUGAGGCCAGAACAACACGGCUAUAUAAAAUAUUUAGUUUCUGUUGAAACGGAUGGUCAUCCUGCACUGGGAUCAUCAGUUGGUAACAUUUUCUACUUUUUUUUCCCGUAGAGCACAAGGAGAAACUUAAUGCCCUAGUGUCUUGGUUUUUUUUUUUUUGGUGAUGAAGAUUUGAACAUGGAGAAUAAGCUGGGAAUAUGCACAAUCUGAUAUACAGGGUUAUUGCUAAGAUAUGAUCAUUGCAAUACAAAAUCAGCAUUGACUUUUAAGUAAAAUAGAGGCAUUUGAGCACAAAACCUGGCAAUGGAAGCUUUCCCUUUCACAACAAAACACUCCACAGUGCCCUGUUAGAUACAUAUACAGUAUAGCAAUGCAACAACUACAGUACUAUUACUGUGGCAAAAACUUUGAUGUACAAGAUAUUGUAAAAUACAGUUCUGUAAUAUAAUAACACUUUGCAUCAAACACUCAAUACUCAGUGUCCCUGGAUUGUUCCAUCUCUACCUCAAGACAUUUUUCAAUUGCUUCACACAAAAGAGUGAGAUCCGAGUUUUGUCUCUCUCUUCAUCUCUGAACCCUUUGGACUUUGGUGAUGGGAAGCUGAUUGAAGGGUAAGUAGUGCGUUUUGGAGAAUGAAUUCUUUAGAUGAUAGAAAAGAGAAAGAAAAGGAAAGAAACAGAGAAACCCAGAACAUAAGCCUGUGAUUCCAUUAUUAGUCUCAGUUCUCCUUCUCCCUCUCCCUCUUUUCAUUUGUGAUGGCUGGAUAAUUAAACCUCUAUAGUAUUGUCUUCCAUCUUCCUUGCCCCACUUCCAGCAAUGUGAAUUCCCCUAUGGGCAACUUUAAAAAGGCCCUUUUUAGACAUCUGUUUUUCAGAUCAGUAUGACUUUUUUUUCCCAUUAAUUUGUGUUCUUUGUGAAAGUAGAAAGACUAGUGCCAGGACAGAGAUGAACAUGCGCAUAAAAAUCCUCAACAUUUCAACUGCAAAAAUCAAAGAAAGUAAGAAAAAUAUCCAAAUAUUCUUUUUCAACAUUUUUUUUUAAUUCUACAAUACUGCUAUUAAACAACCCAAGCCAAUCCUUAAGUGUGCAUUGCAAGACAUCAGAUAGGAGCUCAGAGGCUGGAAUGUUACAGAGCUUAAUUUAAAAGCAGUUGCGUUCUCCCCUCCAGCUUGAAGGAGGCAGCUUGUCAAUUACUGUUCCUGCUCUGACAGCGGCUUUGAGCGCCACAAGGAACAAACAGGAAAGAGGUAAA